GCGCAAGACCACCGCGCGUCACAAUCCGCUAAACGCGGCCGCCAUCAUGAAAGAGAAGAGUAAGAACGCGGCCCGCAGUCGCAGGGAGAAAGAGAACGCAGAGUUCCUGGAGCUGGCCAAGCUGCUGCCACUGCCCUCAGCUAUUACGUCACAGCUCGAUAAAGCCUCCGUCAUACGGCUCACUACCAGCUAUUUGAAGAUGCGGCAGGUGUUCCCUGAUGGUCUUGGUGACGCGUGGGGAGCGGCCCCACCUCCGUUGCAAUCCAGGGAGUUAUCAAUCAGAGAGCUUGGGUCACACCUACUGCAGACCUUAGAUGGAUUCAUCUUCGUGGUGGCUCCGGAUGGGAAAAUCAUGUACAUCAGUGAAACAGCAUCUGUUCAUCUUGGACUCAGUCAGGUGGAACUGACUGGCAACUCAAUAUAUGAAUACAUCCACCAGUCUGAUCACGAAGAGAUGAACGCAGUGCUGAGUUUGCAGCAUCCUCACUCCUACCUCGGACACCAAUACCCGUCAAUAGGAUACCCCGUGGGUGGGACGUGGGGCCCAACAGUGGACAUCGAAUGCGAGAGAGCGUUCUUCAUUAGAAUGAAGUGUGUAUUAGCGAAAAGGAACGCCGGCCUCACCACCGCUGGAUACAAGGUGAUUCACUGUUCGGGCUACUUGCGGGCGCGCCGCUUCGGCGAGGGCUCCGCUCCUCUGGGGCUGGUGGCAGUGGGCCACUCGCUGCCCCCCUCCGCGGUCACGGAACUGAAGCUGCACUCCAACAUGUUCAUGUUCAGAGCUUCCCUGGACAUGCGGCUGAUAUUCCUCGACGCCAGGGUGGCAUCACUGACCGGCUACGAGCCACAGGACCUGAUCGAGAAGACGCUGUACCACUACAUACACGGAACCGAUGUACUGCAUAUGAGAUACUCGCACUGUACUCUUCUAACAAAAGGCCAAGUGACGUCACGCUACUACCGUUUCCUGACCAAAUCCGGUGGUUGGGUGUGGAUGCAGAGCUACGCGACCAUCGUACAUAACUCGCGCUCCUCCCGCCCGCACUGCAUCGUCUCUGUCAACUAUGUGCUCAGUGACAUCGAGUCGAAGCAUCUAAUUCUAAACAUCGACCAAGGUCCACCCAAACCCAACCACGACCUGCCCACACAGUCCCAACAUAUCCCGACCACCACCACCUCACCACAGAUGCCGCACCUCCGGCACACAGACAAGCUCAACCACAUACACUUAAACGAGAGCGAUUUCAGCGGCGACUCGAGUGGGGGCUACACAUACCCAGAGUAUACGCUACCAGUCAUCCAACCCUACGACAACCGAGAGGAAUACCAGCAAAACGGCACAUACCAAGAGUUGUUCUACAACGAGAACUAUCAAGAGCCGGAACUGAUAUCGAGUAACUAUGUUAGUUACCCGCAAAAUCAGAGACCGUUUUCCGCUAGCUCGUCGUCGUGCAGCUCUAUUGAGAGUUCAGAGAUCGUAAACCAGCAGUACAGUUAUACGAAUUUGAUAUCGUUUUAUGGACAUAACGGGCAAGCGCAAAAUGGAAGGCCUGUGGAGAAUUUCGGGACUAACUUCGGGAAGAUGACGCCCAGUCCUUCAGUGCAGGAGGGUUAUACCAGCGUGAUUGUGGACAAUACGCAGCAAUUCCACCAUCAUGGUGGAGGAGUUAAUGAGUUUGUACAUUGACGAACUUUCUAGACUCGUAGGGAUGAGAAUUAUAGUUUGCAUUUAAAGUUUUCAGACUGAACUAUGCUGAACUGUUCUUAAGUCAUUUGACUACAGAAAUUAUGUAGUUUUUUGAGUCGACUGAACUUUAUAUGUAUAAGUAAUUACGUAUGUAUCUUUUUUGUUCAAAAAGAAACAUUUUUAUGAAGAACUUCAAUCGCUCUUAGACCAUGCAACUAGGAGAGUGAGACUCCAAGCUAAUGUUAUGUAUAAUACGACCAAUUGCAAAUACAGAUUAAUAUUUCCCACCAAAAAAUUUCACAGAGAAAUUUGUUUUUAAUUUACUCAAAAAAAAAGUAAAUGUAUCAUA